AUGGAUGCCGCGGCGAAGCGGCCCAAGCUGGAGCCCGAAGAGGUGCCGCAGAGGAAUGCGGCAGCCGUGCAGUUGAAUACACCAUCACAGGCUACAGAAGAUUCCAAGGCUCCAAAUAGCAUCAAGCAGGAGGAUGUCACCGCCACCUCUGCCUCUCCUUUGACCGAGUCAGCAGGCCCUGCUGUCCAGGCCCAAGCCAAGGCGGAGCCGCCCUCGGUGCACCCUGGCGUGGUCCAUUGCCCCGUCUUCCGUCCAACCAUUGAAGAGUUUGCGCAGCCGCUUCAAUAUAUUGAGCAGAUUCGGCCCGAGGCCGAGGGCUUUGGCAUCUGCAAAAUCAUUCCUCCAGAGGGGUGGGACCCCCCUUUCCCGUUGGCAGAUGCAGCCUUCAAGUUUACAACGCGAGUUCAGCGCACCCAUUUGCUGUAUGACCGCGACCAGCCCAACAUCUUUAUACGCGCUCUGCAACGCCACCUGGCAGGCGAGAACGUUGUCAUUGCUCCAUGGCCAGCCAUUGCUGGUUUUGAGAUUGAUCUUGAAGUGCUCUAUCAUGUCGUGGAAGACCUCGGAGGCUGUGACACUGUCGGGGAACAAAACUUGUGGGAGGAAGUUGCAGCGCACCUCAAAGUACCACUGCUUGCGGCCCAUGACCCCGUGCGCCUCCAAGCCAUUUAUUACAAGUACCUGGUCACAUUUGCGCUCCUGAGCGAGGAGGAGCGCGCCAAUCUGAUGAGUGCCGCACGCGAUGAACCUGCUGACACAAACGACGACUUUGGCUUUGGAUAUGGCCAGCAGUACUCGCUCGGGGGCUUUCGCCGAGUUGCUGACAGUUUCAAAGCGGCCUGGUAUCCCGAUCAUGACCCCACGCCGGCGGAGAUUGAACGAGACUACUGGCGAAUUGUCGAGGGGCAACGCCAUGUGAGCGUGCUAUAUGGCAGUGACAUUGAUGUGACAACACAUGGUUCUGGGUUUCCCACGGCGUUUGACGAGCCCUACUCCAAAUUCGGCUGGAAUCUCAACGUGCUGCCUGGCUUGCCAGAAUCCGUGCUAAAACACGCUGAUGGUAUCUCUGUUGAAGACAACUACCUCUACUCAAUCAACUACAUGCACUUUGGCGCCGGCAAACGCUGGUAUGGCUGUCCAUCGUCACACGCGCGGCAGUUUGAAGCUUCCUUUCGGCGACGGCUGCCCAACGCUUUUGCCCACAACCCCCACUUGCUGCAUGAUAUUGUCACCCAGCUGUCUCCCGGCAAACUAGCAGAGGAUGGUGUGUUGAUCACUACCUGCGUGCAAGAGCCCAGGGAUUUCAUUGUCACUUUUCCCCAGUCGUAUCAUGGCGGCUUCAGCAACGGCUUCAACUGCGGCGAGGCCGUCAACUUUGCCUCCCCCGACUGGCUGCCCUUUGGCUUUAAGGCCAUGCAAGACUACCAUGCGCAGCGGCGACCGGUCUCCAUCGAUCAGGAAAAGCUUCUCUGCGAGAUUGCUCAAAAGGAGUCUCAACAAGCCGUGCUUCAAAAGGUGCUGCCCUUGCUGCAGCACAUGCGCGCCAGCGAAAAGAAGAAUCGACAACUGCUCGAACAGAUUGGAGUCACAAAGAGCACAGACCUGGACGAUUUGUUAGUGGCACGGCCAGACUUGCUCGACACCCGCACAGACAAGGUGAAUGCGGAGGCAACUGGGGCCCAUGCUAAUGGCUCAGCAUUUGCAACCAUGGCCAAGCCCAUGUCUUUACACAGUGGUGGAUCAACGGCCAGCAAGAUGAACAUGAAAAUGCGGAUGCGGGCCAAGCUUGCCACCACCGCGAUCACCUGCGGUCGCUGUCGGCGCAUUUGUUUUGCAUCUUUUCUUUGGUCGCAAAAGCCGAUUCCCAAGGACCCGGAUGAUGCGUGGAGUCAUGUCGAUGCCGAGCGUGACGAGCUGGUGGGGCACUUUGCCUGUGCCACUUGCAGUCUCGAGGCGAUUGAUGAGUGGGAUGGCAGCCAACAUGGCCUCAGAAAGCGCAUCGGACCACUUGCGAUGCAGCAUCUGCCUGGAACCUGCAUCCUGGAGCUGCUGGAGCGGCGACAGCGGUGUCCCACCUGCCGUUCUGAGAUCCACAGCGCCCAUCCCUCUUUUACCUUACGUGGUCUGGCACACGAGCAGCGCUUGCGUGAAGAUUUGCCCGUGCCAAGCAGUGAGGAGAUUCAAGCCAUAGAUCGCCAGCUGCUGCAGCAGCGUGAGCAGGCGCUGAGCAUGCAGCGGCAACUUCGUGGCUGGCUACAGUGGCUCAAGAACGACGACAAGGGCCGAAUUCUGACCGGAGUCCUCUGCGGAUACGUAUUGAUUGGGAUUGAUCAUAACGACCUGUCCCUGUUUGACAUGGUAGUUGUACUGGCUGCCACCAUUUGCAUGCUGAGUCACGCCUUUCCCAUUACGACUUGA